GACUAACCAAAAAAAAAAUAAGGGAAAACAAAAACGAAAAUAAUAACGAGAGUGAUGAUGUGUCAACGUCGCUAAACAACUCAUACGGCUGUUUAAAAUCCCAAGACGAAAGGAAACACUUUUAUGAUCCCAUACCAUCAUAUACCUUCCUCAUUUCCUCUCUUCUUCCGGAAAAAAAAUCCUCUCUUUCGCUGAUUCGUGGGAAGAAGAUGGGCGUUGAUUUGGAUCUGGAGUCUAUCUCCGAGGCCACAUCCGGUGCCAUAGGUUCGCUUCUCAGCACAACCAUUCUCUACCCUCUUGAUACCUGUAAAUCCAAGUUUCAAGCCGAGAUUCGUGUUCGCGGUCAGCAGAAAUACAGAUACCUGUCAGAUGUAUUUUGGGAAGCAAUUUCUUCAGGAAACGUUCUCUCGCUGUAUCAAGGCCUAGGGACUAAGAAUUUGCAGUCCUUCAUUUCUUCCUUCAUCUACUUCUAUAGUUAUAGCUAUUUCAAGAGGCUACAUUCUGAAAGGAUAGGUUCAAAAUCAAUUGGCACAAAGGCAAACCUGCUCAUUGCUGCUGCUGCUGGAGCUUGUACCUCUGUGUUGACCCAACCUCUAGAUACAGCCUCGUCAAGGAUGCAAACAAGCGAGUUUGGAAAAUCAAAAGGGUUGUGGCAGACCUUAACGGAUGGUACAUGGGGGAAUGCAUUUGAUGGCCUUGGGAUUUCUCUUUUACUGACCUCGAAUCCUGCAAUUCAGUAUACAGUGUUUGAUCAGCUGAAACAGAACCUCCUUGAAAAAAGAAAGGCAAAAGCCGGGAAAGACUCGUCCCCUGUAGUUCUCUCUGCCUUUAUGGCGUUCUUGUUAGGUGCGGUCUCAAAAAGUGCUGCCACCGUCAUCACAUAUCCAGCGAUCAGGUGCAAGGUGAUGAUUCAAGCAGCAGAUACCUCCAAGGAUAAUGAAGCGAAGAAUCUUCGAAAAAGAAUCAAGAAAACGAUUCCCGGGGUAGUCUAUGCGAUAUGGAAGAAAGAAGGGGUCUUAGGGUUCUUCAAAGGCUUGCAGGCUCAGAUCUUAAAGACGGUUCUGAGCUCGGCGUUGCUGCUAAUGAUCAAGGAGAAGAUCACUGCAACCACAUGGAUUCUCAUUCUAGCGAUAAAAACUCUGUUUGUCAACAAAGGUAGGUUGAAAGGUCCAUAAAGAUUGCUCUUUCGCAAGUGUCCCAAGGCCAAGCGAGAGCAAAGACUUUGGUUUGGCUGUCUGUUAUUGAAAGAUUUUCGAGCAGGCAAGUAUUGCAGUCUUUCGUAUUUUAAGAACACUUGAUUUUUGAGUAAGAAACUGAUCGUAGGGUCGCAUAAAGCUUCAAAAUUGUUGCCAGAUUGAGUUUCUGGGCGUAGAGAACUCUCUGUUGAUUAUGUAGUUUCUCUUCAGUUGUAAUAAAAGCAUGGAUCCUCUAUGUAGAAUCAUGUGACUGAUAAAAACAUGUCCUAUGAGACUACAAUCUUAGGCAUCUUAAUCAUUUUGUGUGUGUAAAUUGUAAACAGAAAUGCCAAAUACGAACGAAAUUAAUAUUUUGUUUGUGUCGGUGUACAAAUUAAAAACUUGAAAAUUAU